CACGGCGACUCCACCAGGACUAUGCGCCUAAACAACCUUUUCGCUCUUUUCGUCCAGCUAAGAGACGAACGUUACGAACACUGCUAUAGUAGCAAUGAUGUUUUUCUGUUCGAGUUGCCGUGCCCACGGCCAUUGUGCGAUGUUAUUCGCCUUUGUAGGAGUGUAUGUAGUAUGCUUCUCAUGUUGAGCGGUGACGUCGAGUCUAAUCCUGGAACCGACAUGGCUCAGCUUAUGGAAAAGCUGCAGAUAAUCACCAGAGACGUUAAAGAUAUAAAACAAGGGAAGGCUGUGACAGACUCGCUAAUUGCAGAAACGAACGAAAGACUGACCACAAUCGAACAAAGAGUGGACAGCCUGACCAAGCUGACAGCAACUGUGACGGCCUUCCAGGAUAAGGUCUUGUCUCUUGAAAGGAAUGUCGACUUUCUAAUGGCUAAAAUUGACGACUUAGAAAACCAGAGCAGACGUAAUCAUUUGAUUGUAUACGGAAUUCACGAAACAACGGAUGAGGAUAGCAUAUUUCUUGAAAACCUUGUGAAGAAAGAUGUGUUUGAAAGUAUCCUGAAAGUUCAAACUGCUGGAACAGAAAGAAUACAUCUACUGGGCAGGAAAAGCCCAAACAAAACCAGGCCAAUCAUUCUUAAACUACUCGAUGGUAGGGACAAAACUAAAAUUUUGACCAGUUCCCGGCUAUUGAAGGGUUCGGCUUAUAGCAUUUUGGAAGAUUUUUCCCCACGAGUGCAACAAAUUCGAAAAAAGCUAUGGGAAAGUGCCAAAGACCUACGAACAAAUGGCGAUAAAGUUAUCUUUCGACAAGUUAAAACUAAAUGGCAAGGCUUUUCGCUGGGAUGA